AUGGGAAGAGGGAGAGUAGAACUAAAGAGAAUAGAAAACAAAAUUAACAGGCAAGUCACUUUUGCUAAGAGAAGAAAUGGACUUCUCAAGAAAGCUUAUGAACUUUCUGUCCUUUGUGAUGCUGAAGUUGCUCUUAUCAUCUUCUCUAACCGUGGCAAACUUUAUGAAUUCUGUAGCAGUUCUAGCAUGGUCAAAACACUUGAAAAAUACCACAGCUGUAGCUAUGGAUCAUUGAAAGGCAACCAAUUGGAGAAUGAAAGCCAGUACAAUUACCAUGAGUAUCUGAGGCUAAAGGCACGAGUGGAGGUUCUGCAACGUUCGCAAAGAAACCUUCUUGGAGAAGAUUUGGCCCCAUUGAAUACUAAGGAGCUGGAGCAACUUGAGCACCAACUAGAGUCAUCUUUGAGAAAGAUCAGAUCAACAAAGACUCAAUGCAUGUUGGAUCAGCUUGGUGAGCUCCAAAGAAAGGAUCAAGUUCUUGCCGAAACAAACAAAGCCUUAAGGAAAAAGCUGGAAGAAAGUGCUCAUGAAUAUCCAAGGCAAAUAUGGGCAGGUGGUGCACAAACCAUUCCUUACAAUCCUCUUCCAACACAUUCUAAUGAUCAGUUCUUCCAACCUCUUGGGCUCAACUCUUCCAUGCAUAGCAGCUAUGAUGGAUUGAGAUAUACCCCGAUUGGGUCCGAUGAGAUGAAUGAUGCUGAUGAUGUGAAUGAUAACAAUCCUAAUGGGUUGUUUCCUGGAUGGAUGAUGUAGUUCAAACUAUGCAUAAGAGCCCAUGUUUCCAAAGGGUAAAAAUAAGGUAUUUUGUUCUUUUAGAAUGAAAGUUGUAACAUUA